GAGGAGGCGCGGCGCGACGGUUCCCAGAGCGGCGGUUCCCACGCAGAGCAAGAGGUGUGCCACCACGAACAGGCUUCUUUUAUCAUCAUCAAAAUCUUGCUUCAGCAUUUAGACUUGUAUUGCUUCUGUCAACAUAGAAGGUGUUGAAUUCAAAUUAAGAAAGUCAUGGCUAUGAACCAUGCCAGAUCGAUAAGAUAUAUGCUUACAGCCAAAGAAGCAAUUGGGGUUGCACACCAACGGACUUUUGCCACCGGGAAAGCAAAGAAAGGAUCUAAAGGGGGUGGAGCUGCUGAUGCACCCAAGGCAUCAAGUCUUAGCAAAGAAGUCAAGUCAAGCACAGUUGUAGGUGCUAACAUUCUGAAGGAAGGAACUGAUCCAAAAAUCCUGCCUGAUUCAGACUACCCUGACUGGCUGUGGCAUCUGCUCGAUAAACGACCGGCACUUAGUGAACUACGUAGGAAGAAUAUUGAAACAUUAGCUUAUGACGAUCUAAAACGCUUUGUUAAGCUGGAUAACCGGGCAAGGAUCAAGGAGAAUAACACUGUGAAGGCAAAGAACUGAUUUCAAUGGUCAAAAAGAGAAACUACGGGAAUGAGUGGUUGGUUGAAGUGACAUUGGGGUUCUCAGUCUUCUGGGAUUCCUCUGAGUAAUCGGCUUACAUGUAUGCAAAUCAUUAAACGGAACAAAAACCAAAGAGUUGGAUGAUUUUGCACAUUUGUUGUUUCUUUUCUUUCUACUACUUUUUAUUCUGUUUUUUACCUGGGAUGUUGUGUAAAAUAAAUCUGAUUGCUUCUGUUGAUUGAACAGAUCCUUAUCUAUAAUUUUGUUCUUUGCUUU